AGGACAUGGCGUGAUGGCGACAAUGGCGAAGCUGCUGCUGCUGGCAGCGCUGGCGGCGAUGAUGGCGAAUUAUGUUUCAUCCUUUGAGUGUCGCUCGAUGGUGCCAACCAGCGGGGACCCCUUGAAGGGGAGCUUCCUCUACGGUCACAUUUAUUGGACAAGGACGGCUGCCAAUUCGGUUGACUUUGUUAUCAUCAUCGCGGUGAAGAGGAGCAUCUCAGUGGCAGCAUACCAGAGCGCGGCAGUUGGAGAUGCGGUCUACCUUCAGGGGAAGGAGCCGCCGGAGUUUCUCUUCGGAGACUCCACUGUCGCGCAGAACCUCAAGAUGGUGGUGACCGACGUGUCGCUGUCUGAGGACUGGCUGCAAGGUGAGGUCAGGCUCUCGCACUCGUACGCCACUCCGACCAACGGGGGGAAACCAUGGAACGCACAGCUGCUGGGGUGCUGCCGGACGGGGGCGGUGAAGAACAACGCGAACCUCGCGUAUGCCUUGAAGACUGAAGUGAACCUGAUCCAAGUGUGGAGGUCUGUGAAGGCCGUGACGCUCCCCUACGUCACUGUGGUGUGUGACUUCAGCACACCGCAGCCCAGCAACUGCACCUCCUUCUCACUUCCUGUGGCAAGUGGGGAGAACGGAGAAUGGCAGGUGACGCCCCCGUACAACGUGGGUAACGCAGCAGCCUUUGAGGCCAGCCAGCAUUCCAAGCUGUCAGUGACCGCAAUCUCGGCUGAUGGCGCUGUCUGCGACAGUCAGCAGAGCUCUGGGAAGGCCUGUCUGAUCGAUCUUUUAACGGCCCAGCUGCCGAAUUCAGCCAUCACGGUUGAAGGUUGGGUGAUGAUCACCCAGGAAAGUGGGGGAUAUGUUUUCUCGAGCUCGAACUCAUCGACGGGAAGAGCUACGAUGUUUGUACAUAUCAAUUCUACUCAUGUCAAGGUCGGGCAUGAGAGCCUUACUGACACGACUUCUUACACCUCAACGUUUGUGAUUGGUAGAAAUGUCACCAUGCAAUGGGUUCACAUUACUGUUGUAAGGGUCCACAAGCCAUGCUCAGGCUCAACUUUGUCCUGCUGCACGUCGUCAACCAAUACUGUUGAAUACGAGGUGUACGUGAAUGGCGUGACUGUGUUUACUGUUGACAACUCUCGCACCUCAAAAUUGAUGUGUGUCCCAAGUUGUGGUGGGGGAAGUUGCGGAUCGAUUGUUCUCGAUCUUCAAUUUGGAUAUUGCCCAUGCAGUGCCGCAGCAGCUGGAGGCCAGAGCGGAUUGUACCUCUCUGGCCAGCUGGACGAGUGGAGAGUGUGGAACGGAUUCAGAACUCAAGUUCAGAUUCAAGAGUUCAUGAAGAUCUCGCUCACUUUGGACAGAGAAGGCUUCUUGGGAAACCCUACAUCGAUCCAAAUUAAUCAGUACAACUAUAUCUCCAAUGCUGCGCUCAUGUUGCUCUAUAGCAUGGACUACACGUGCCCAGCUUCAGCGGCAGGCAUGCAAUGUACAGUCUCGCAGAUGUAUCCGGUGUAUCCUACAGGCAAUCAGCCGUGGACUCUUGCUACCGCGACGGCAGUGGUGACUGUGAAUACGGACGAUACGGGGGCAAUGAUGUGGGAGACUGCGAUCGACGCGAUGGGGAUAAUGUCCAUGAGCUCAUCGAGAGUGCAUGUGAACCCUGUCAAAGGUCCUGGGUUCUAUCAAGCGUCCAUGAUGCUGUCGUUCAGCAAUGGCACCGGCCGCGCACCACUCGACUUCUUAAUCCAGGUCGUAAACGCUACUUACAACAGCACUUUGAAUGCAUACAAGCUCGGUGCAAGCACAGAUUAUGCCGGAAACUCUUACAUCCCAGCGCUGUAUGUCGCGGCUAGGCUGAUGCCUUGGGACGGGAAUUUCAUUUAUUGGCCGAACAUGACGCAGUUGAAGGACGUGACAAGCUUUUCUUACCCGUCAUCCAUUCAGAUUGUUGCUGGAUACAGUUUUGUUAUGGAGUUUUAUGGCGCAGAUAUUGUUGGUCCGGGUGAACAAUCAACGGUGAGCUUCGCAAACUCGACAUCCAUCCAGGGCUUGCAGUUGAAUCUGAUCAACCAGGGGAACAGCUCCAUCCUCGAGGCUUCUUGGACUCCUUGCCGCAAAGACAUCGGAAGCCACGUCAUCUGCGUGAGUGCCGUCGAUUGUGAGGGCCCGAAUGUUGCUGCAAUCCCGUCCCCCAUGCAGUGCGUCAAGAUCGAGGUAGUCGCAAGCCCGCCUCCUCAAUUCUACAGCUUACCACAAGAUUCCUACACCCUCACAAUGGGAAAACUCUUCCAGUUCGAGGUGACGGCGUUCGAGCACAAUAUGCUGGCUUCCCUUAGUAUUAUGGGCAACAAUCUGCCGCGCUACGCUGUCUUGUCGCCGAAAGUAGUCAACAAUGUGACGACAUCUCAGAACUUGGUAACGUCAACUAGCCAGUUCUCGUGGGUCCCGUCGCAUGACAUGGGAGCAUUCUCGGACCUGAUCUGUUUCUCGGCGGUUGAUCAUGGCAUGGGAUGCUCUCUCGAGCAGCCGCAAAGGAACGUGGCCACACUAUGUGUGACGUUGACGGUGAGGAGAUGUGUUUAUACCGUCAGGCGGGGGCAGCAGCUGCAAGAGAUUGCAACAAUCUUCACCAACAACUGGAUGAACUUGUGGAGUCUCAACAGUCAGAUCAGGCAUCCCGACUUCUUGCCGGAUGAGGGUGAAGUGAUCAAUGUUGGUCACUUGUACCGCGCCUUGAAGCAAGACACGAUCGGCACCGUGGCAAAGCGGAUGGGGAUGACGCGGGAUCAGGUCGCUUUGUUGAACUGGGAUCUGAGGACGAAGGUAAACUUGUCCAUCGACUUCGUGUUGAUGCCCAACCAAGAGGUCUGCGUGAUCCCGGACUCUUGCAAGGGAAUGACCAGCACUGUCUACAACUCCCUCACAUUCGCAGAUCCUAAAUCCUUCGCCGAGCAGCUGAUGGGGGUCUAGGACAUCAAGUGAGGGUAUAACGUUAAGCUAGGGUAGAUCUUCUUUUUCAUACCAGUUCUUGCACAGUUAACGCGAGCUCGCGGCGCAAUGAGUCACAUGUACUGAUUCUUUUUGUUGUAAUGUAAACUUUCAUCAUAC